AUGGUCCGUCCGAUCGUUGUGUUGCUCCUUUUGGUAGCUCUCGUCUCUGCUUCCUAUUCCCGUUUUGGAAGCAACAAGGAUACCAAACCAGCGGAAUCACAUCCAAGUAUCAAUGACCAAAUAAUGCAAGGCUCGCACAUUCGUUAUUAUGGACGAUUCAGGGACGGUUCGGACGAUGUGCUGAACCGCUACUUCAAUCGACUAUGGCCGUCAGGAGGCCAGCUCUAUUAUUACUCCUACUUGUUGCUGUCGCAUUGGCCGGCAACUUCAACCGUCAUCACAGGUAACACCACUUGGUUUUUUGUUGUUUACGACUUACAAAAGAGAGACAAUGAUCUACACGAUUGGCUCACUGAUGAACAGAAGGAAUCGUUGAAGGAUGUGACACAAGGAACAGCAGAAUUCAAGAAGAAGGUUGGGGAGUUUUAUGCUUUGUUGCCAGCUGAAAAGAGAGCAGAAUGGGAUAAAUUCUACAAGAAACACUGUUUCGAGUGGACUGCAAAAUCACAAAGUGAAGCAGAAGAAGAAGAAUUCCAGAAGAAUCUUGCAGCCAAUGAUGUGGAUAAGAUAAAGGAAAGAAUUGGAGAGUUGAAGAAAGAUUUGGACGAAGCAGCCAAAAAGAAUGUUGAGAUGUGGGAAGAGGAUUGCUACAAACUAGUGAAACCAUCUAGAAAGAGAAGAGAGAUCGAAGCUGCAUUCCAAGACUUUGUGAAAUGGAUGACUCCAGAACAACUCGGAGAUAUUAAUGCAUUGAAGACAGCUGGAAAAGAUUUAGACGUUCAAGCCAAGGUUAAGGAGUACUUCGGGCAACUUCCAGCCGAUCAGCAAACCAAACUGAAAGAAGAAUUCAAAGGAAAAUGCAAAACGUAUUUCUCCCCAUUGAUGACAGCUGAGGAGUUGGACAAAAUCAAGAGUUUGAAGGGAGACAAGGAAGCUGCUGGAGCUUUGGUUAAAGGAGUUGUUGAUAGACAGGAAGGAGAGAUCAAGGCUGUUGCUGAGAAGAUGCUCUCGGUCUGUGGAGAAGUGUACAAAGAUUCCACCCGCAAGCGUAGAGAGAUUGAAGCUGCCUUCCAAGACUUUGUGAAGUGGAUGACUCCGGAACAACUUGGAGACAUUACCGCUUUGAAAACUGCUGGAAAGGAAUCAGAGGUUCAAGCCAAGGUUAAGGAGUACUUUGAACAACUUCCAGCUGACCAACAGAAGACAUUGAAAGAAGAGUUCAAGGGGAAAUGCAAAGUUUACUUCACCCCACUGAUGACUGCUGAGGAGCUUGAUAAGAUCAAGACCCUUAAGGGUGACAAGGAAGCUGCUGGAGCAUUGGUGAAAGGAGUUGUUGAUAGACAAGAAGGAGAAGUCAAAGUUAUUGCUGAGAAGAUGCUCUCUGUUUGUGGAGAAGUCUACAAGGAUUCCUCUCGCAAACGCCGUGAAAUCGAGCCAGUUUUCCAAGAUUUCGUCAAAUGGAUGACUCCUGAACAGCUCGCAGAUAUCACCACAUUGAAGGCAACAGGAAAAGAAAGCGAGGUGCAAGCCAAGGUCAAGGAGUUCUUCGGGCAACUUCCAACUGAUCAACAGAGCACUUUAAAGGAAGAAUUCAAAGGAAAGUGCAAAGUUUUUUUCACUCCACUCAUGACUUCUGAAGAACUUGAAAAGAUCAAGACACUGAAGGCCGAUAAAGAAGCUGCUGGAACACUCAUGAAGACUGUUAUUGGUAGACAAGAAGGAGAGGUUAAGGCUACUGCUGAGAAAAUGCUUGGAGUCUGCGAAGAGGUUUACAAGGAGUCAAGCCGUAAGCGCAGAGAAAUCGAGGAAGCAUUCAAGGAUUUCGUCAAGUGGAUGACUCCAGAACAACUUGGAGAGAUCACUGCACUUAAGGCAGCCGGAAAGGAUGGUGCUGAACUUCAAGCCAAGACCAAGGAAUUCUUCGGACAACUUCCAGCUGAUCAACAGAAGACACUGAAAGAAGAUUUCAAAGUAAAGUGCAAAAUAUUCUUCACUCCAUUGAUGACUGCUGAUGAACUAGAGAAGAUCAAGACGUUGAAGGACGAUAAGGAAGCAGCUGGAGCAUUGGUGAAGGGAGUUGUAGACAGGCAAAUGGGAGACGUUAAGGUUACCGCCGAGAAGAUGCUCUCUGUAUGUGGAGAGGUUUACAAGGAGUCCACUCGCAAGCGUAGAGAGAUUGAAGCUGCAUUCCAAGAUUUCGUAAAAUGGAUGACUCCAGAACAACUCGGAGAGAUUACAGCUUUGAAGAAAUCCGGAAAAGAAAGCGAGGUCGAAGCCAAGGUCAAGGAGCUCUUCGCUCAACUGCCAGCUGAUCGUCAAGCCACACUCACUGAGGAGUUCAAAGGAAGUUGCAAGACCUAUUUCUCACCAUUGAUGACUUCCGAUGAAAGUGAAAAAAUCAAGGAACUCGUUGGAUCUGGAGACAAGGAAGCUGCUAAGAACCUUGUGAAAGCUGUGGUUGAUAGACAAGAAGGAGAAGUUAAGCAGAUUGCCACAAAGAUGUUCGGAAUUUGUGGUGAAGUCUUCAAGCAAAGUAAGUCCAAGCGUGAUGUUGCUGCUAAGAUCGAGAAGCAUUUGAGUUGGUUGCAACCAGCUGAGAAAGAGGAGAUUCUGAAAAUGACGCAGGACGGAAAGAGUCAGGAAGACAUCAAGAAACGUCUGAUGGAAAUGGUGGAAGCGAAGGAAAAGGAUGCUGAUGAGAAGGCAAAAACUGUGAAAUUGUGUUACGCAUGGAUGGAUGAUGUUGCCACCAAGGAAGAGAUCGAGAGCCUUCACAAAUUGCAUCACGUUGAUCAUGGAGCAUGCAAGAGGAAGGUUCGAGAGUUCAUUGCAAAACUUCCAGAGGACAAACAAAAAGUUGUGGAAGCCUCUCUUCCAUUCUGUGAGAAGCUCUGGUAUGGAGAUCACGCCGCGCAUGGAGAUCACUCUGGUCACGAAGGACAUGAAGAUCACUCCGGACAUCAACAUCAUCACAGAAGAAGACGUCAUUUGGCAGUUAUUGAGAAGUACAUUGAGUGGUUGGAUGAGAGCCAGAAGGCUGAGAUCAGAGAAUUGGAUAACACUGGAGCAGAGUUCAGCGCCAUCUCCGACAAGAUCAAGGAGUUCUUCUCUCAGCUUCCAGAAGAGAAACAGACCGACAUUAAGGAGAAAUUCCAGCAUCAAUGCAUGAUUUGGGCAAAGGAAGUUUCGAAGCCAUUGGAAUGGGAAGAGAUCAAGAAGUACCAUGCUGCUGAAGAUCAUGAAGCAUUGAAGAAGAAAUUGGUGGAGUUGGAAGAACGAUUGACAGAAAACCAGAAGCACACAAUUGAACACGUCAGAGGUGUCUGUUACAAUCUUUGGGGAAUCAAAAAUGUUGCCAGAAGACGUCGUGUUCCAAACUCGGACGCUUCUUCUUUCCAAGAGAAGGCUGCCAAGUAUUUGGACUGGAUGACAGAAGAACAAUUGGAAGAGUUGAAGAGACUGAAAAGCGAGGGAAAGAAGGCAGAAGUCAUGAAAGCCAUUCUGAAAUUCUACGAUGAAACUACCGGAGAUGUGAAGGAAAAGGCAGAAGGAAAGUUGAAAGAAGCUUGCAGAGAGUAUUCGUUGAAGGCGUUCGGACCUGAGAAAGUGGCCCAAUUCAAGAAGUUGUCUGAUGAGAAGGCCGAUAAGUCCGAGAUGGAGAAGUUGGCUAAUCAAUACACAGAAGAGAUUGAAGAUGAAGAGAAGAAGAACUUUGCCAAGGCUGUUGUCACCGGAUGCAAACACGUUUACUCCUCCAGCCGUUCGCGUCGUGACCUCAUUGCGAAGGAAGUCGCCGAGUACCUCCAAAACGGAUAUUAA